CCAGCGGCGCUCGGGCUGACAGGACCAUGGCAGCGGCCGCAGCGUGGGGCCGGGCGCUGCGCGCCCUCAGCCGGGGAAGCCCCUGGGGCCGGAGCGGCGCCCCCCUGAGGCAGCCCCCGGCGCGCCCGGCCAGCGGCAGCCCCGGCGGGCCCCGGGAGCGGGCUGGCGCCGCCCUGCUGGCCGCGGGCUACCAGGAGCUGCGGGAGCGGGCGGCCCGGGAGCCCGCCGCCUUCUGGGGGGCGCUGGGCCGCGAGGCGCUGCGCUGGGACAGCCCCUACCACACGGCCUGCGACAGCCAGCUCGGCCCGGACCGCGUCCGCUGGUUCCCGGGCGGCCGCCUCAACGUGUCCGUAAACUGUUUAGACCAACAUGUCCAUCAGUCUCCAGACAGAGUGGCUUUGAUCUGGGAGAAAGAUGAGCCUGGCACUGAAGUGAAAAUCACAUACAGGGAACUUCUGGACAUGACCUGCCGUCUGGCCAACACACUGAAGAAAUAUGGAGUACAAAAAGGGGACAGAGUUGCAAUCUAUAUGCCUGUGACUCCACUGGCUGUGGCCGCCAUGUUGGCUUGUGCCAGAAUUGGUGCUAUUCAUACAGUGGUCUUUGCUGGAUUCAGUGCAGAAUCUUUAGCUGGGAGGAUCAUUGAUUCUGGGUGCAAAGCUGUCAUUACCUACAACCAGGGAGUCAGGGGAGGACGAGCUGUAGAGCUGAAGAAGACUGUGGAUGAAGCUGUAAAGAAUUGUCCAAGUGUCAAGCAUGUCUUCGUGGCUCAAAGAACAGACAGCACAGUCCACAUGGGUAAUCGUGACAUUCCUCUUGAAGAAGAGAUGGCCAAGGAGGCUCCUGUGUGUGCUCCUGAAAGUAUGGACAGUGAAGACAUGCUCUUCAUGCUUUACACCUCCGGGAGCACAGGAAAACCCAAAGGGAUUGUUCACACUCAGGCUGGGUAUCUGCUUUAUGCUGCUGUGACACACAAGCAUGUGUUUGACUACCAGCAAGGCGAUGUUUUUGGUUGUGUGGCUGAUAUUGGCUGGAUCACAGGACAUAGCUAUGUUGUAUAUGGACCACUCUGUAAUGGAGGCACCUCUGUCCUAUUUGAAAGCACUCCACUGUAUCCUGACCCAGGUCGUUAUUGGGAAACUGUACAGAGGCUAAAAAUUAAUCAGUUUUACGGCGCACCUACUGCUGUACGCCUGCUGCUGAAGUAUGGAGAUAAGUGGGUGAAGAAGUAUGACAGAUCUUCCUUAAAAACCCUGGGAUCAGUGGGAGAACCAAUUAACCAUGAAGCUUGGCAAUGGUUCUACAAUGUAGUGGGAGACAGCCGGUGCACCCUUGUUGACACCUGGUGGCAAACAGAAACAGGCGGCAUCUGCAUUGCUCCCCGGCCCUCGGAGGAAGGAGCUGACGUCAUUCCUGCUAUGGCAAUGAGACCGUUCUUUGGGAUUAUACCUGCACUGAUGGAUGAGAACGGAAGAGUUAUAGAAGGAAAUGAUGUUUCUGGUGCUCUAUGCAUUGCACAGCCCUGGCCUGGCCUGGCAAGAACCAUCUAUGGAGAUCAUCAGAGAUUUAUAGAUACUUAUUUCAAAAUGUAUCCAGGUUAUUAUUUCACAGGGGAUGGUGCCUAUAGAUCCUCAGAGGGGUAUUAUCAAAUAACAGGGCGGAUGGAUGACGUCAUAAAUAUCAGCGGUCACAGGCUUGGAACUGCAGAGAUUGAAGAUGCCAUGGAUGAACAUCCGGCUGUGCCUGAAACAGCUGUGAUUGGUUACCCCCAUGAGAUCAAAGGAGAAGGUGCCUUUGCUUUCAUAGUGUUAAAAGAAGACACAGCUCAUACAGAACGUGUUAAAGAAGAGCUCAGAUCUAUAGUUGCUUCCAAGAUUGCGAAGUAUGCUGUGCCUGAUCAUGUUCUGGUGGUGAAACGCCUUCCUAAAACACGAUCCGGGAAAAUUAUGAGAAGGGUGCUGAAGAAAAUCGUCGCUGACCAAUCCAGUGAUUUGGGAGAUGUCACCACGCUGGAUGAUCCAAGCAUCAUCGCAGAAAUACUAGAUGCCUACCAGAAAUACAAAACCCAGCAGUCUGCAUCUUCAUAGAAAGGUCUUGAGUCUCUUUCCAAAAGAAAUUCAGAGGAACAUAAACAACCAUCCAGAUAAUUUUGCUGUUUCAUGGACUAUCAUCAAAUUCUGCUCACUCCUAAGAGAACAAAAUGAUGAUUCCUCUCACAACAUACUAUAAUGUGUCAUAGACCAUGGUAUACAGCUGCCUUCUCUUUCCUUGGAAACCAUGGAAUACACACUGUGAAGCAUCAUAUGUUAAGAACCUUCUGAACAAGUGCCUGACUAAAUUUGCCAAAACUAAGUGUUUUCACACUAUUUUUAGGGAAAGUGUAUAGCAGCCUUUUUAGGUUUCCACUAGCUGCAUAAAAAAUAAACAGCUAGUAAACUGUUUAUGACUGUUGAGGUAGGUGAUGUUUUUAAUGC